CGGCGGAUUGAGUUUGGUUUCGGAAGAGCAACAAUGGCUGCUGCGUGCUCUGCUUCUACCACUUCUUCAUUUGGGGGUCUAACGGCUACCCGACUUAGUGAACGCUUCUUGGUGAGCCAACCCAGAACGUACCUCACUCUUCCACGUCUCCCUUUCCCUCGCUCCGCUCUCGUUUUUUCCCGACGUCGAAACGAUGGCUCCGCGGUAACAUCUUCGAAGAAGAAGAAAAAGAAGAAAAACGACGACAAAAAGAAGAAGCAGUGUUUGACUCAAAGUGAUGAUCUGGAGGAGGAUGAUUUGGAUGUUGAUCCUAUCGAGGCUCUUUUUCGUCAGUUGGAAGAUGAUCUUAAAAAAGACAACCCAUCUAUGGGGGAUACUGAUGAUGAGAUAAGUGAGGAAGACCUAGCUAGGCUUGAACGUGAACUGGAAGAGGCACUUGGUGAAGAUGAUGAAUUAUCAAGGAUGCUUGACUUGGCUGAGGACCAAACAACAGGUGAUGAAGAUGUUGAAGAGGAAGAGGAGGAAAGACCAUUGCAGCUUAAAAAUUGGCAGCUUCGACGAUUGGCUUCUGCUUUAAAGAUUGGUCGCCGUAAAACUAGUAUUAAAAGUCUUGCGGCUGAGCUUUGUCUUGAUAGGGCAGUGGUCCUUGAAUUGCUUCGUGAUCCCCCUCCUAACCUCGUAUUGAUGUCUGCUGCUUUACCUGAUAAAGUUGAAACAGCAAUUUCAGAGCCUGAAACUAAAAGCACAGAGCCUUCUAGUGUAGAAGAGAAGCUUGAUGUUGUAAAGCCUGAGACCAAGGUGAGAGAACCAGUACAUGUAAUGCAAAGUAGAUGGUCCACUCAAAAGAGACUGAAGAAAGUGCAUGUUGAAACCUUUGAAAAAGUUUAUAGACGCACAAAACGUCCAUCUAACACAAUGAUUAGCAGCAUAGUUCAUGUGACUAACUUGCCUCGCAAAAGAGUGCUGAAAUGGUUUGAAGACAAGCGUACAGAAGAAGGGGUCCCUGAUCACCACCUCCCAUAUCAACGGUCACAAAUUCAGUGUCAUAAAAUGCAGUUCAACUUAACAGUGUCAGCAUCCAGACUACCUGGACAUGGAAUAUCUCCAUCUCGUCUUCAUCUACUUCCAUGUACCAUAUUAUUGGAGCUGAUUCAGGAGCCUUCAGAUUAUCCAAUUGUAGAUUCCCUGGUCUAUGUGAAUCCAUACUUCACUGACCCACUUUGUUGCAGCCUUGGAAAAUUUUCCUUUCAUUUUUUCACAAUACAAAGGUAGCUAGCUCUCUUUCUGCUACUUGGUGGAGAAAGUUGAAAUAUGAAAGUAGUUGAUAUAGUAACUUUGUUGACCUCUUUUCAGUAAUCAUGUUUGGAAAA